CUCGCCGAUGUUUUACGUUAUGCCGCUGGAGGAAAAAAAAAGGCGGAUCGUAAACGUGAAAACAAACAAAAGGUGUUGUGCAAUUUUUGUGCAUGUGCAGCAGUCUGAUAAGAGUGAGAAGCGUAUAUAAUAUGUAGCAGCGGGGGUGUAUGGUACUGCAAAGUGUCAAAAAAAAUAAAGGUGGCGCGAAACUCAAGAGGAGGAGGAGGAGGGAGAAAAACAGAGACAGAGCUAUAUAGCGCGCACGAAUAAGGCUGCUUGCUUGCUCUCCCCUCAGUCUGUUCCGUGCAUCAACGACAGCGGUACGAUGGUGCGGCUUACUGCAUUGUGCGCGCGACUUUUCGUGGGUGUGUAGCUGCGUCAGAAAAUGCAUCCGGAAAGUGCAAUUCGCAGUAAACAACGUUAUAGUGGCGUCUUUCUUUUUUCUUCCGUCUCUCUCUCUGCGUGCGUGUAGAGUUAUUGUUUGUGCAUACCUGUACUUUUACCGGCUCUACGUGUGAUACAACACGAGUAUACAUAGUGUCGACCCUUACUUAUUACUUAGUACCUACCCUUUUUGGAGGCGUUUGCAACUGCAACGGUUUAUCAAUAAGGAGCCUGCCAAAGAUUGUCUGAUUGUUGAGCAACGAUUACUUUAAAAAAAAAAAAUGGCUGAACAAAUUGUCAUGACACCAAAGUGCAAAACUGCCAAUUCUACCACUUUGAUUAUUGAGAGAAAGAAACAGGCGGUUGAAACUGUGGCCAAUGGAAAUCAUAAGGACGUCCAUGUAGCUGGAGGGGAUCACAAAGGCAUUGUUAUCAAUAAACAGAUGACUGCCAACAACGAUGUUGCGAAACCAGCACAUUUAUCUUUGCAGUUCAAAGUAUUUUUAGUCAGUGCACAAAGUGAAAAGCAUACACAGGAGCAGAGAACUUUGAAUUUUUGGUUUAUUGAAAAUCUACCGUCUGAAUCUCGGCCUUCUGUGGCUCAAGAAUUUUUCAGAGAACUCGUUAGUCCUCAGGAGUUUCCAAGAGACUAUGUUGGAUUUAUUAAAAAAAUUAUGAAAUUAAUACAAAACAAGUAUCCUCCCGUUGAACGCAUAGAAGUGGAAUUAAAACAGAUUGAAGAACAAGUUGAACUUCCGGCUAGACCAUUAUCAGCAGAUGAAACUUCUUUAGGAGGUACUCAAGUCAUCGAACUAACUACCGAAAAAAUUCUUGAGCUGAUUGAAUCUGCUUAUCCAAACCCACUGACAAUUCAAGACUUGGCUGAGGAUCAUGGCUGGGAUAUCGAUACCGUGGCAGAAAAAAUAUUGGAAUUACAAAAGAAAGGUCUUGUUAUUGCGAUGGAUAACGGUGCCUUUACGCGAGUCGUGCACCAAGAUGUUCAAAUUAAAGUCGUUAAGCAAAUGCCUACAAUGACUGGUGCGAAGCAGCCGACCAUAGCUAUAAUUACAGCCCAGUACUGCGAAAAACUCGCCGUCGACUCAAUGAUUGAAAACAAAGAAACUUUUGUUCGAUACAAUACCGUUGGAAGUGAAAACAUUGAAGAUCACUCCGACGUCAGUAAUCUCAAUUAUGCAACUGCUAAACACCCACGGGUGACUCGGCGAAUCCGUUUCGGUGAAUCUAACGUUUACACCCUGGGUGACAUUGGCGCACAUCGAAUCGUUUGCACAAAACUGCCAACUGUGGGCCACACUCGGGAAGCUAUGACUGCUGCUGGCAAUACCACUACUCGACUUCUUGGUACCUUCCAAAAGGUUGACUACGUAUUUCUUGUGGGCGUGGGUGGUGGUGUACCUCACUACACUGAUUACAAAAAACACGUGCGACUCGGUGACGUGGUUAUCUCCUAUCCCACUCGGGAGAAUAACAAAUUCGUUUACAUGUUCUGUGAGAGUGCAGAAAUGCAUGAUGACGGUAGCUAUCACUUUGAGACUAAGGAGUAUUGCCCUCCGAAUUUGGGCUUGCAGGACAUUGCAGCAAAUCUUAAGAAACAAGUGAAUGCUAGUGAAGGUUUUGAUGCGCCAUGGCAAACGUAUAUGCGUCAGGGCCUCAAAAAUUUAGGCACACAAUCUGAACAUAAUUUUGAAGCCCCACCCAUAGAAUCUGAUAAACUCUACAUGAAUAUUGGCGAAAGAGAUGUAAUUGAAGUCUCUCAUCCAAGUGCACCCAAGGGUGAUGCUUUAUACGCAAGAAAUAACAGCUGCCAGCAAAUUCAUUUAGCUCCAAUAGCCUCGGGUCGCUGUGUAUCCCGCGAUGAUCAACUACGCCAAAAGUUCUCGAGCCGCUUUGGCAUAUUGGCCUAUGAUGCGGAGAUGGAUGCAGUUGUUGACAGCGUUUUAGGUAACUGUCGUGAUAAUUUUGCGGUUGUCCGCGGUAUUGCUGACUACAAGGAUGGGUCACGAGGUAAGGAAUGGCAGCCAUAUGCUGCUCUAGCUGCUGCCAGUGUCGUCAAGGCGAUGAUUUGUGCAAUGGACCCGCCAUCCCCAUACAAGAAGUAAUUCUAGUGUUAAGAAAGAAGGCAAGUGUGUUCUAAAAAAAAAUGCAUAAAAAAAAAUUUUUAAACAAUUUUUACGGUUUCGAUCUAAAUAUCUUGCAAAAUACCGUAGCAAUAUCAAUCGAUGCAACUACAAUGAUAUGAUGAUUAAAACUUAUUGAAAAAAAAAAUCAAAAUGAAAGUAACCUUUCAAGAAUUUAGAUCAAAAUCCUAACAUAAAAUCAUAGAUAUAUAAAACAGCUGCGCUGUUAAUAAUUAUGUAGAUUAUAAAAAAAACUUUUGUCUUGUACUUCACAUAAGUGGGAAUGCAAGGUUAUCUUCUACGAUGUAAGAAAAUACGAGCGUGAGUCUACAAGGCUUACACAUAGAUUCAUCUCAACUUUUUAUCUGGUACUAAACAUAAGUUUAAAGUGUUUUUACAAUUUUUUUUUUAUACUUUUGUAAUACGCUUUUGACGUUUGUUGUUUGUACUGACUUUGUAAUAACCGACUUUUGCAUCUUAUUUUAAUACAAGUAUCAAUACGAUUGGUAUUCAAUUGAGAGACGGAUGAGUCUAUGUUUUGAAAAUUUUGUACAUCAAAAUGUAGGUUCGUUAUACAUUUUACUGCAUACUAAAUCAACAAAGUACGUCCCUAAGUAUUUCAACUGGUGCCGAAUAUCGUAGAGUUUUGAAUAAAAUGUUUUUUAGUCUUGUAUUAGUAUUUAUAACGACAUUCCAUUUUAGGAAAAAAAAAUCAAAUUUAAAGUACUCAAACUUACCAAACAGGGAAAUGCUUCACCGGAUAAAUAGUUAAGCGCAGGUAUAAUAGAAAUAUAAAUGCAAUUGCAACAUUCAUCGAUCCUCGCUUGUUACUCGUUACUUAUUCGGGUUGUUGAAUGUGAUAAACACUUAGCAUUGAUUUGCUACAUCCUCUAUUAUUAUAAUUAUAAUAAUUAAUGUAAUAUUUAUAAAACUUUUUCUAAUUUACAUCAUAAUAGUACAUGCAUAAAGAUAAAAAGAUACAUGUUUGAGUAUUGUUUAACUGAGCAUUUACCAAAGAAUGCUAUCAGUGAAAUGGCUUAAGCGCAUAAUAAUUGACUAAAAAAGCUUUUUUGCUCAAAAUCGCUCAUCAGCCAUAAAUUUUAAUUACCGUUUAUAAAAAUAAGCACUGAUUAAUCUAUGCAUAAAAAAUACUUUUAUAUACCGAUGAGUCUUCAACUAAAUCUUUUUUUUCCCAACUUGUUAUUGUUCGAACUGUAUGUAUUCUAAAUACGCUUUGCAGGAAUAUUCGAUGCUUAAUCGAUCGUACACAGUAUAUUAUGUAGAUCGCACACACAAGUUCCAAAGAUCCCAUGCUGCUCGUUCAGAGGGCACUCAUAAAUGUAGGCCAAAUUUUAAUGACGUUUAAGAUUACAUAGAGAGUAAUUUACAAUAAUCUAUCAUGCACUGAACUUCGGAUCUUGUCAAUGCGCAAAUCUAGUCGCCAGCCGUUGAUUGUCCAAGGACUUAUCAUUACGAGUUUAAGCGUUUAUAAAUACGUACAUCAGAUUUUUUUUUUUUUUUUUUUUUAUUUAUAUGAGCAAAUAAGCAAAUUUAUUGAAUACCAUUUAUACUUUUAUAAUAUUUUUAUAAAUACUUUGACCAAAUCUUUGCAUGUGACUGAAACAUUUCUACGAAAACUUAAAAAAAAAACAAAUCAUGUGUAACAUUUUGACAAAAAUCUUCAUCUAUUUGAUUUUGAUCCUUGUAACAAUUUGCGGCUAUAGGCAUUUAAUAAUAUAUAUAUACGGUCCAUUUACCGACUACGUACCUUAAUAAAGAAGAAAAUAAAAUAAAAGGAAUAAGUACAUGAUACUUAGUAGCCUACUUGGGCUUUGGUGAAUUGAAAAAAAAGUGGGUGCACAACCGAAGUGAGACAGUGCUUUUGUUAUUGUUUCGUUCAAAAUAUUUAAUUUCGCGACAAAUCUUGAUUUUCGUACCGCUUGUUGUACUGCCAUUGCAACCAAUCAUACAAAGAAAAAAACAGUCGUUAAACCGAGCUUAAAAACGCACUCUGUCACUUCGGGUAGUUGAAUAUACCCAAUGGAAGUUGGAAACCGCGGGAGCUUAGCGCGCUUUGAAAUUUCGAGCUAUUUUGUGUAGAGAGACCACGUCGUAAUUAUAAGAUAUAAAUAUAUACAUAAAUAUAUUUAUUGCUGUUACGUAUUCAAAAUAAAAAAAAGGUAUAUGCGUUUUAUCUUAUUUACAACAUAAAUCAAUCGAAUGCGCGUGCCUAAGCUGCACGCGUUUUUAGAAUGAGCAUGUAUUAGAGAUGGAACGAGAUCUGUUCUCAAAUAAAUCUUUC